AUGUCUCCAUUAAUGAGCCCACUCAGCGGCCUGAUCCUGAAGAACAACGUAAAGGCCCACUACCAGAACCUUCCGCAGGCCGUGGCUGACUUCAUCAAGCAGGAGUGCCUGAACAACAUCGGGGACUCUUCGCCCCUCAUCCGGGCCACCAUCGGUGAGGGCGUGCCGGGGGGGGCGCCCGGCUCGUUUGGUGCCCUGCAGAAAAUCUGUGAGGACUCUUCGGAGCUGCUUGACAGUGAAGCCCUGGACCGACCCUUAAACAUCAUGAUCCCCAAGUUCCUGCAGUUCUUCAAACAUUGUAGCCCCAAGAUCAGGUCCCACGCCAUCGCCUGCGUGAACCAGUUCAUCAUCAGCCAAGCUCAGGUACUGAUGGACAACAUCGACACUUUUAUUGAGAGCCUGUUUGCUCUGGCAGCAGACGAGGACUCCGAGGUGAGGAAGAACGUGUGCCGAGCCCUGGUGAUGCUGCUGGAGGUCCGCAUCGACAGACUUAUCCCCCACAUGCACAGCAUCGUACAGUACAUGCUGCAGCGCACGCAGGACCCGGAUGAGAACGUGGCCCUGGAAGCCUGCGAGUUCUGGCUCACCCUGGCGGAGCAGCCCAUCUGCAAGGAGGUGCUGUCCAGCCACCUCCUCCAGCUGAUCCCCAUCCUGGUGAACGGGAUGAAGUACUCGGGAGACGUGGAGGAGGAUGACACGGUGCCCGACAGCGAACAGGACAUCAAGCCCCGCUUCCACAAGUCGCGCACCGUCACGCUGCAGCACGAGGGCGGCGGGGGUGGGGGUGGCGGCGGCGGCGAGGAGGGUGAGGAUAUUGACGAGGACGAUGACGAUGACACGCUGUCCGACUGGAACCUCAGAUGUAAGGAGUUCCCAGGGCAGACUGAGGAGUGA